AUGUCUGAUACUUUGAGUGAUAUAAUCCUGUGGAGGAAGAAGAGGCAGAGUUUGCUGACUCUUUUGACAGCAACAGCAACAUGGGUUUUACUCCAAGUCUACCAAUUCAACUUCCUCACUCUGAUUUCAUACCUGGCCAUGUUUAUUGUUGCUUCGUUGUUCCUUUCAGGCAACUUGCUCAGGCUUCUUGGCAAAGCGCCUCCAGACUUGUCAAGAGUGAGAAUUUCGGAGAAGUCAGCUUCGGAGAUGGGCAAUACCAUUCGAGCAUGGGUUGAAGAGGGAAUUCGAUGGAUGUUUUGGGUUGCUGCAGAGAGAGAAUGGUUUGUAUUUGUUGGAACUGUCUCUGGUUUGUUGCUAGUUUCCCGUGUAGCGACAUCCGUCGAUCUUCUUACCCUUCUAUACAUAGGUAUUGUCACGGGCAUGACAGUUCCAGCAAUGUAUGUCAAGUACCAGGACAAGAUAAAGAGGGGCGAGGAGAAGUUAAAGGCACAAUUGAAAAGGUAUUACGACACGGUUGAUGAGAAGGUAGUGAAGAAGUUACAGAACAAGGUGACAGUCAGGGAAGAGCAGGAGAAGAAGGUCGAGUAG